AGAGUAAAAGAUUGAGCCACCUCGCCUGAAGGAAGGGGCUGUGACUUCAGUGAAUCUGACUAAGCUCGAAGGUGGUGUGGCCUAUAAUGUGUUACCUGCUACCAUGAGUGCCUGUUUUGACUUCCGAGUGGCGCCAGAUGUAGUCAUGAAGGCCUUCGAGAAGCAGCUGCAGAGCUGGUGCCAGGAAGCGGGAGAGGAGGUCACCUUUGAGUUUGCUCAGAAGUUUACAGAGCCUCGAAUGACACCCACUGAUGAUACAGACCCAUGGUGGGCAGCUUUCAGCGGGGCCUGCAAGGAAAUGAACCUUACUCUGGAGCCAGAGAUCUUUCCUGCUGCCACUGACAGCCGAUAUAUCCGAGUGGUAGGGAUCCCAGCUCUGGACUUCUCGCCCAUGAACCGCACACCCGUGUUACUACAUGACCAUAAUGAACGACUGCACGAGGCUGUGUUUCUACGUGGGGUUGACAUAUAUACACGCCUACUUGCUGCACUUGCUAGUGUGCCCGCUCUGCCUGGUGAAAGCUGAGCUUUCAGCCCAAUCACUG